CCAAAAGUCUACAUCCAUAAUCAUAUUCCACAGGACUACCUAUCAUAGUCGCCUAAUCCAUGGUAAAUCAGCUUCGAAAAAUUUCCUUUUGCGCGAGCGCCGCAUGUCUGCUACUCGCAUAAGUAGGCCGCCGCUUCUUUGCAGUCAGCUGAGAGAUUUCAUAACGUGUAAGUUUUUCGGUGCGUUGAGAUUUUGAGAGCAACUUGGAAAAUCAAGUGGUUUCGAGGAUGUCGGGUCUUUUACGUUUCCAAGGCAUCCGGCAAGUGGUCAGCAGAUUGGUUCAACGUCGCUCUGUCGGCACUUCCAACGCCAAGAAGAGCGACACGAUCACUACAACACCCAGCAUUACUACCAGCACUUCUACAGCUGAGUGCACUCCAAAAAAAAACUGGAUAUCUUACGGUUUCAGCGAUGUCAGCCAGGAUCUCGACCGACAUCUCAUGCAUUUAAGCUUUUUCGUCGGCAUAUCCAUUUUGUUCACUCUAGGGGGUUAUGUUAUUAUCUACAUGCCAGACUUCAAAAUGAAAGACUGGUAUCAGAGAGAAGGUUACAUAGAGCUUAGACGAAGAGAGCGACUAGGAUUGCCAAAGAUCGACAUCAAUCUCGUUGAUCCAGCUAAGGUCAAGUUGCCCAGUGAUGAAGAGCUCAGAGCACAAAAUAUUGAGAUCAUCAUAUGAAGAAGUUUAUCAAGAGUAUGCUGUUUGUUGAUCUUGUGGCAAGACUUGUUAAAGCUGUGUUAUAUGAUAUUGUUCAGUUCUUGUUUUUAAAAUGUAAUGAUAUGUGAGUCAAAUACAGGAAUAGACUCCUUCAUUAUUGCCUAUAAAAUUUUUCUUCACUCGAAAUUAUAACACUCUUUACUAAUAUUGUUUCAAAGAGCCACAUACUAACUUGUCCUUUUCAGAGCUAACUUUAGCUUUGAUAUAUAUUUUAAGCUUAGCAAAUACAAUGAAUUGGAGGAUAUUAUAGUUAUAAUAAAGUGUGAGCGAAAGUCCCUAAUUUUUCUUUAUAUAAACAGUUUAUUCGAGAAAUUAUAGCAGCAUGAUAUAACUUUGUGUAAUUUAUACAAAAAGUAAAAUAUAUAUUAGUCAUACAAAAACCAUAAAAUGCUCAGUU